CUACCAGAUUCGUAAAUCGAUUUUUUUCUUAAUAAACCCACAAAAUCCCCUCAUCAUUAACAAUCCCUAUCCCCAAGUAGGAAGCAAACCCAAAAAGAAAAUCCAAGACACCACGACCCUAUUAAACCCAUUCACUUCACUCAUCAAAAGACUGCACAUAUAAAACCAGAAGAGCACUAGUGUGAAAAAUUGCAACUCCACAACCCAACAAAUUAUUGGUUAUAGAGGUUUUGUUGCUCGGACAAACCACAUCCGAUCCCCAGCAAUCCUGCCAUUCUUCUUCUUCUUCUAUUUCUUUGUUUGGUAGAGAUGGAAAUGUAUCAGAAUGGCAGCACCGAAACGACGCCGUUCAGGGUCCUCGUGGUGGAUGAUGACCGCAUCCUCCGCAAGAUGCACAAGAUGAUGCUGACAAGACUAGGGAUCGAAGUGGAAGUGGCUGUGAAUGGGAAGGAAGCCGUCGACCUUCACCUUGCUGGGGCUUCUUUCCAUCUCGUGCUCAUGGACCUGCAAAUGCCUGUCAUGGAUGGCUCACAGGCUACAAAGGAGUUGCGAGGCAUGGGAGUGACGAGCCCAAUUGUGGGCGUGACGGCGGCUUGCGCUGAGAAGGCAGCAUUUCUGGCCUCUGGAUUGACAGAUUGCGUUUCCAAGCCACUCACAAUCAGCAAGAUAGCGAACUAUCUUCCGGCUCCCAGCAACCAUACCAAUAACUAAGCUUAAUUAGCUAGAUAUAGCUUUUCUUUAAGUUACUCAUUUGAUGUCUCCUAUUAACUGAUAACAGCGGCCCUUAAUUAAGAUUGUUGUGAACA